GAUGCCUUUAAUUUCAUUUCAGCUACAAAAACUACUAAACCUCUAUAUCAUCUCACAACCAUUGAUUGCUUAUCCCCCAACAAUUCAUAUAGUAUACAAAAUUAGAUUUUUAAUUUGAUAAUUUUAAUUCAUUCAUAUGUAUCAUAUCCACUUUUCACCCAAUCCAACUCCAACAAUGCAAACCAAUCUACAUGCCAUCUACACACCUCAUAUCAAAACUCCAACCAAAAUAGUUUGCACAUUAAAUGAAAACAGCCAAACCAAUCAACAAUCUUCUUCAGUUGGUAAAAUUAAACGUUUUGUUCUUACACAAGAAGGUAGAACCAAAUUGAACCUUAUCCAAGAUAAAGAGUUUUAUGCAUAUCCACGCCUUGUGACUCAUGUUGAUGAUGGAUUCAUUUCAACACUAACAAAUCUUUACAGAGAAAGGUUGAGACCUGACAUGGAGAUUCUUGAUCUCAUGAGUUCUUGGGUUAGUCAUCUACCAAAUGAUGUAAAAUACAAAAGAGUGGUAGGGCAUGGGAUGAAUGCACAAGAACUUGCAAAGAAUCCAAGGUUGGAUUACUUUGUCAUAAAGGAUCUUAACAAAGAUCAACAGUUUGAAUUUGAAAGUUGCACUUUUGAUGCAGUUUUGUGCACUGUUAGUGUGCAGUAUCUCCAACAACCAGAGAAGGUAUUUGCAGAGGUGUUUAGGUUGCUAAAACCAGGAGGGGUGUUUAUAGUAAGUUUUAGCAACAGAAUGUUUUAUGAGAAAGCCAUAAGUGCAUGGAGAGAAGGGACUACUUAUAGUAGGGUUCGACUUGUGGUUCAGUACUUCCAAUCAGUGGAAGGUUUCACAGAGGCAGAGGUGGUUAGAAAACUUCCAACUACCAUUGAUGACAAGUCACAACCACUUAGCUGGGUCAUGAAGCUCUUUGGAUUAUUUUCAGCGUCAGAUCCUUUCUAUGCAGUUAUUGCUUAUAGGAAUUUUAAACCAAUACACGAUGAUUAAAUUGGGUUAAAAAUGUACUACUCCCUCUGGUCGGUCACUAUUAUAAACAAAAGUUCACUUUUUAGAUUCAUUCAAUAAAUGAUGUAUGUAGUCUAUAUAUAGUUCACAUACAUAAUUUAAUGAAUGAACCUAAAAAAUCAACUUUUACUUAUAAUAGUGACCGGAGAGAGAGUACGUUGUUAUUAGUCACUACUCACUCUUGAGGAUGAAAUUAUGUUCAAAACACUUGUAUUAACAAUAUGCUAUCUAGCCUAUGAAAAAUGGUAAUAGAAAUGGACAUCUGGUUAACAAACCUUCA